AUGAUCCUAGCACGGUCACCGGUCAGGCGACCCGUCAACUUGCCGUCGGAGUCAGCCGAGGCUCGCAAGGCUGAUUCUGCGGCCCCUCAGGCUUCCCCCCCUUCUUCAGGUACCUCAUCCACUGAUUUUCUCCCAACGUGGAGACCAAUAACAGACUCAAACUCCGCCAGCCUCAGCCGCCACGACAGUGUUUUUGAUGAUAGUUCAGCAGCUAUCUCGUUACCUCUCUCACAAAGUACUCAGUCGAAUGUUGUAGUAGAAGGAACUGACUGCUCGGAACGCGUGCAAACUCUGGCAUUGGGCAUUGUCAGAAUCCUAAGACAGGCCAAGUCUGUCACUGCGGAUAUGAGAAACAGAGCCAUCGACUCGGCAAAUCAAAUUGCUUGGAUAGCCGGUAACUCCAUGGCCCGCCGCAUAAAGGAGAUCGAGACAGAGUCCGCUGCACAUAAACAGGAGCUCACGUCUGUACGCAGCGAGCUCAGUGAAAUUAAGGCCCUCAUUGAGAGAAACAAAUCGGAUAAAAUCUAUAGUGACGGACAGACAGAUCUAAACUCACUCACAGCUACAGCUCUUGACCCAAUAAUGCAGGAGAUUCGCAAUCUAAGGGCAGAGCUGACUAAGCGGGAAGAAGCCUGCUCCGCAAUGCACGUCACUAAAGAGCAAUUGGACAGGAUUCUCGAUGAUAAGAUAGAAGCCAUAAAAGCCGAUAUCUCCACAGCGAAAACUGCCAUCUUAGAUAUGAAAGAGGCUAGACAUGAGGAAGUCAUGGCAAUAAUGCACGAACAAGGCACUGCCCUUGACACCGAAGUUGCUCUCAAUGAAAUCAAGGAGCAAAUUAAAGAAGUCCAGACUAAAAUACAAGAAAACGCUAAGGCGACCAGUGCAGUUGUGAACGGACCAAAUGCUAAGAAGCCGAAUGAUCCGUCAACUGCAACUGUAGCACCUAUCGUAGAACCCAAAUCAGGCAAUCAGAGUAACAAAAAUAAACCGCGCCGUCCUAGCAGUUAUGCUGAAGCCUUGAGCAAGCCGAAUUACGCGGUCUUAAUUGAAUCGGCCGAUCCCAGGAAAACGUCUGAUGACGUUAUAAACCAAGUAAAACAGAACGUUAACGUCAUCGAUUUAGGCAUUGGCGUAAGCAGAGUAACCAAGAUCAGGAACCAAAAGGUUGUGAUGGCAUGCGGGUCCCAAGAAGAACGCAAAGCCCUUCAGGAGGCGAUACGCCAAAAAUGCACACAGAUCUCUGCUAGAAGCACAAGGGAUAGACUCCCACAAAUUAGGCUUGUCGGAGUUGUAAAUAGCCUCACAGAUGAACAGAUUGAGAAGGCGGUCAUCAGCCAAAAUCGACAUCUGCUUGGCUCCCUUCCUCCCAAUUCGCAGGUCAGGACACUACGUAGGACCAAAGGUAGAACACAGGAAGUCAAGAACGUGAUUCUGGAAGUAUCGCCUCCGAUAUGGAAAGCUGUUCAAGGGCAAAAGCUUCACAUCGGCCUGCAACUGGUGCCUGCAGUCGAUCAGUCGCCUCUGACCCAGUGCUACAAAUGCAUGGGAUAUAAUCACAGGGCGGCUGAAUGUAAUGAACAGAUUAGAUGUGGGCAUUGUGCCCAAGAGCAUGAUACCAGAGUGUGUCCAAAUAGGAACUUGACCCCUCAGUGCUGUAACUGCAAAAAGGCAAAGAGAGACCUUGAGCCACAUCCAGCAUACAGCCAAGACUGCCCCGACUGGCAGAAAUGGGAUGGAAUAGCAAGGGAGAAACUCAAGAUAGUACAAAUUAACCUUGGGAGGGGACAUUCCGCCACACAAGAAUGCCUGAGAGAAGCCAGUCAGAAAGGUUACUCAGUCUUGCUGCUUCAAGAGCCUUACGUUGGCUCCAAAGGGUACUUAAGUGUUGGUAGUAACAGUCGAGUCAUACAAAAGCUACAUAACAGAAGCCACCCGGUAAGGGCAGCCAUUGUCAUACUAAACCCAAUUAUACGUGUAAUCGAAAGUCAAGAUUGGAUUACAGAGGACAUGGUUGGAUUAAAAAUCAUCGUUGGCAAUGAAACGUAUACUUUUGUUAAUGUUUACCUAGAUAAGACGCACAACAUUGAACAAACCAUGAACACUCUUCGUAAAAUUGUUGACUCGACUGGAACUGCCAACCUUCUCAUUGCGGGUGACGCCAACGCCAAAAGUCAGUGGUGGGGAUGUGAUACCGAGGACGAACGAGGCAGCAAAAUAAUGGACACUUUUGCAGAGCUUGGGAUGGAAGUCCUCAAUCAAGGGUCGCAGCCGACAUUUCUGGUGUAUCGACAAGGACAACCAUGCCAAAGCAUCAUUGAUAUUACGGCUUGCUCGUCACAGAUCCUCAACAUAAUUACAGACUGGCGAAUAAACCCAAGCCUCUGUUCGUUAUCGGAUCACAUCCCGAUUACCUUUAACCUUAAAGUCACUACAAACCUUGAUACACACUCUGGUUCGUCCACACGGGUAUUCUUUACUGCAAAAGCCGACUGGAACAAAUUUGAAGAAACACUUAUUAAUAACCUCCAACAACAGAAUAUCAACACUGAAACAAUAUCGAACACAAAAAACACUACUGAUCUUGAAAAUUUAGUACAGAAAUUUCAUGACGCUCUAACCGGUGCUUGCAACGACUCGAUUCCCAAGCUACAUAGUAAAAAAUCUACAAAUACUGCAAAGUGGUGGACUUCAGACCUCUCUAACUUAAAAGCAGAACUUAAGAGAAGCAGAAACAGAAUAAAGAAGGCCAACGCCAAUGCUAGAAGCUUUGUAGUAGAGGAAUACCUAAGGAAAAAAGAACAAUAUAAGAAGGAGAUACAGCAAGCGAUCACAAAAAGCUGGAAAGAAUUCUGUACGGGUGAAGAAAGAGAAACGGUCUGGCAAAGAUCCUACAGAAUCAUAAAACACUCCAGCAAAGAUGUCCGCGAAAAACUGUUAACAGACAAUAACGUCACCACACUCUCGGCGGAUGAGUCUGCAGCCCUCCUAGCCAACACCUUUUUUCCAGAAGACGAUCCCACAAAAGACAAUCACGAACAUACUCAAAUCAGGCAAAAAUCAAUAGAAAUCUCUUCAAAGAAUCUUCCCAUCGACAGGCAAAUUGAUCUUUUUACGGAACAGGAGUUACGCUCAGCACUGCAGCAUGCCAACUCUAAAAAAGCUCCAGGUUCGGACGCAUUCACUGCAGAUAUUUGCCAAAAAGCUUUUAAGACAUGCCCAGAAGUAUUGUUAGCGAUCUAUAACCGGUGCCUUCUCCUGAGUUACUUCCCUGAAGUAUGGAAGGAGGCCCAUAUAAAGGUUAUACCUAAACCUGGCAAGGAAGACUACAGCAUUCCUAAGUCAUAUCGACCCAUAGGCCUUCUUUCACUAUUAGGGAAGACCCUAGAGAAAAUGAUUGUGAAGAGACUACAGUGGGACCUUAUUGGUCGGGGCUCUUUACACCCCAACCAGUACGGCUUCCUUCCACAAAGAAGUACAGAGGACGCACUAUACGACUCACUGAGCAUAGUUAAAAAUGCCAUAAAAUCUAAACAACUGGCAGUUAUCGUCUCCCUCGAUAUUCAAGGAGCCUUUGACACCGCUUGGUGGCCCACUAUUAUUACACAGCUGGAUACCAUGGGAAUCGACAAGGACUUAUUACAACUGAUAACCUCUUAUUUGUCGGAUAGGAAAAUAACUAUCAAUUACUCUGGUGCAACAGUUAACAAGAAAACUAAUAGGGGCUGUAUCCAAGGAUCGGUCUGUGGACCGAUUCUCUGGAACGUUCAAUUGAAUCAGGCACUUGAACCCUCCCAAUAUGACGGAGUACACAUACAAGCCUUUGCAGAUGACAUACUCCUCAUAGCCCAGGGUAGCACUGGAGAGGAGGUGGAGAGAAACUUGAACCAAGCGCUUUCAAAGAUACUUCAAUGGGGCAACAAGCUUAAGCUCAAAUUUGCCCCACACAAAACGCAAGCAGUUCUCUUCACCAAGAAACUCAAGUAUCAUACUCCUAGGCUCGUGAUGGACGGAACAUCUAUUGAACUGCGGGAUGAAGUUAAGGUUCUCGGUUUAACCAUAGACCGGAACCUUAACUUCAAUUCUCACAUUCGCGCUGUCUCUGCAAAGGCUUUAAACAUAUAUAAAUCAGUGUCUAAGAUGGCCAGGGCUCAAUGGGGCCUGAAUCCCGGUGUCCUCAAGUUAAUUUAUCAAUCAGUUGUAGAACCGACCAUCCUUUAUGCCGCCAGUUGCUGGGCCCAUACCACCUCGAAUCACAAUGUUGGGAAAAUUCUUGACAGAGUCACCAGGCUCUUCGCAAUCAAAAUAUGUAAAGGACAUAGAACUACCUCGUUCUCUGCCAGCGUGGUGCUUGCGGGGAUUCUUCCCCUCAAAAUUAAAGCGAUCGAACAGGCCGAGUUGUACUUAAUUAAGAGGGGAGAACCCUUGAGAGCGCUGCCUGGCAGAGAAUUUGAAAGUCGCACACCGGUCUCCUUACUACCACAUCCAACCAAUAGAAAUACAGUUCCUUUUAAAAUCAUAAGCAGUCAAACCGAACUAGAUGAGGUUAUAGAUAAUAACUGGCCGAGGUUCUAUACUGAUGGCAGCAAGAUAGAGGGUAAAGUCGGCGGUUCUGUCACAUGUUGGAUCGAUGGUAAAGAAGUCUACUCAACCAGCUUCCGCCUGGAAGAUUUUUGCUCCGUCUUCCAGGCGGAAUUAGCAGCCAUACUGAAAGCCAUCGAGACAAUGUGCAAUAAGUCGAGAUUCCAUACUGCAAACAUCUUGAGUGACUCGAGAUCAGCUUUAGAGAGUAUUGCAGAUCCAUGUCCACUCCACCCCCUCACCACGAAGAUCCGGCAAAAAAUUCAGAAUCUCCAACAAUGCAGUGGAAAAGUAUGCUUCUAUUGGGUGAAAGCUCAUACAGGAAUAAUUGGCAAUGAGCGCGCGGACGACCUCGCCAAGACAGCGGCUCUGAAAAAGAAGACAAGGCCCAUAUAUGAUCGGUUUCCUCUAACGUACGCCAAAAAGGUAUUAAGGGAAAAAUCACUAGAUAAGUGCCAAAAAUUAUAUAUAGAAUCCAACACAGCAGCCGUAACAAAAAUAUUCUUACCAGAUAUUCGAAAAGCAUAUAAGAUAGUAAAGGAAAUAGAAAUAGAUAAUACAAUAACUCACCUUCUCACCGGACAUGGAGGAAACCGAUCAUAUCUUCACAGGUUUAAACUUAUAGAUAGCCCCAGCUGCCAAUGUGACAGUGAAACCCCGCAAACCAUACAGCAUAUACUUUUCGACUGCCAAAGAUUCGCUAAAAAACGGUUUGACUACGAGUUCAAAUUGGAUGCAACACUGUCUGAAAGCAAUAUGGAAUACAUAUUUGAAAAUAAAGAAACCAGGGAUAUAUUCCUUAACUUCGCAAAGUCUCUGCUGAGGGUCGUGGCAAGAGAGAAUGGAGCAAGAAUAGUUGAUUAA